CGGCAGCGGCAGCGGCAGCGGCAGCAUGGCGGUGGAGCCGCCGCGGGAGGCCGUGUGGCCCGAGGGUGCGGGCGCCGAGGCGGGCUUCGUGCGCGCCGUGCUCUCGCUGCCCGACAAGCCCGACACCACUGUGCGCUUCUUCGAGCGCGGCGACUAUUACACGGUGCACGGCGGCGACGCGCGGUUGGCCGCCCGCGAGCUCUUCCGCACCCGCGCCGUCAUCCGCCAGCUGGCCGGGGCACCCGGUAGGAAAUCAGAAACUGGAGAGUGUUGUGCUUAGUAAAAUGAACUUUGAAUCUUUUGUGAGAGAUUUGCUGCUGGUUCGUCAUUACAGAGUUGAAGUUUACAAGAACAAAGCAGGGAGUAAAUCUACCAAAGAAAACGACUGGUAUUUGGCAUACAAGGGUUCUCCAGGAAAUCUUGCCCAGUUUGAGGAAGUUCUCUUUGCCAAUAAUGAUAUGUCAACGGCCAUUGGAGUUGUGGGGGUGAAGCUCUCUACCACUGAUGGACAAAGAGUAGUUGGAGUGGGGUAUGUUGAUACUACACUGAGAAAAUUGAGCGUCUGUGAGUUUCUAGAUAACGAUCAAUUCUCAAACCUUGAAGCUCUGCUGGUUCAGCUAGGACCUAAGGAGUGUGUGCUACCAGGAGGAGAGACUGCUGGAGAGAUGGGAAAACUACGACAAGUCAUUCAGAGAGGAGGAAUUCUGAUUACAGACAGAAAGAAGGCAGAAUUCACAACAAAAGAUAUCGUUCAGGAUCUCAAUCGCUUAUUAAAAUCUAAAAAAGAAGAACAAAUGAAUAGUGCAGCAUUGCCAGAGAUGGAAAAGCAGGUUGCCAUUUCAUCCUUAUCAGCUAUUAUCAAGUUUUUAGAGCUGCUGUCAGAUGAGUCUAACUUUGGACAAUUUGAACUGACUACUUUUGAUCUUAGUCAAUAUAUGGUUCUUGACAAUGCAGCUGUCCAAGCCCUCAACCUUUUCCAGAGUUCUAUGGAAAACGCUAAUACUGCACAGUCACUAGCUGGCUUACUAAAUAAAUGCAGAACCCCUCAAGGACAAAGACUGGUUAAUCAGUGGAUCAAACAGCCACUUAUGGACAAGAAUAGAAUUGAAGAAAGGUUGAAUUUGGUUGAAGCCUUUGUGGUAGAUCCAGAACUACGUCAGUGCCUUCAAGAAGAUCUUUUACGUCGCUUCCCAGAUCUCAACCGACUAGCAAAGAAAUUUCAGAGACAAGCAGCAACAUUACAGGACUGUUACCGAAUGUAUCAGGCUAUUAAUCAACUUCCUAAUGUUGUGCAAGCACUAGAAAAACAUAAAGGAGAUCACCAGAUGUUGUUGUUGGCAGUGUUUAUAACACCACUUAAUGAUAUCCACUCCGACUUCUCAAAGUUUUUGGAGAUGAUAGAAACAACAUUAGACAUGGAUAAGGUAGAGAAUCAUGAAUUUCUUGUCAAGGCUUCUUUUGAUCCUAACUUGACAGAAUUAAGAGAGAAGAUGAAUGAACUGGAAGAAAACAUGCAGUCCUUUCUAAAGAGUGCAGCCAAAGAACUAGGUUUGGAAGCUGGCAAAAGUAUCAAACUAGAGUCAAAUUCACAAUUUGGACAUCAUUUUCGAAUUACUUGCAAGGAAGAAAAGGUUCUCCGGAAUAAUUCAAAAUACAGAAUAAUUGAUACACAGAAGAAUGGUGUGAAAUUUACUAACAGCAAACUGAGCUCCGUCAAUGAAGAAUAUAUAAAGAACAGAGAAGAGUAUGAAGAGGCUCAGGAUGCAAUUGUUAAGGAAAUCAUUAACAUUGCUUCAGGUUAUGCAGAGCCAAUACAGACAAUGAAUGAUGUGAUAGCUCAAUUAGAUGCAAUUGUCAGUUUUGCUCAUGUGUCAAAUGGAGCACCAGUGCCAUAUGUCCGUCCUGUCGUUCUGGAAAAGGGACGAGGAAGAAUUGUGCUGAAAGGUUCCAGGCAUCCUUGCAUUGAAGUGCAAGAUGAUGUAGCCUUCAUCCCCAAUGACGUUAUGUUUGAGAAGGGCAAGCAGAUGUUCCACAUUAUUACUGGCCCUAACAUGGGGGGAAAGUCAACAUAUAUCCGACAGACCGGGGUGAUAGUUCUUAUGGCCCAAAUUGGGUGUUUUGUACCGUGCAACUCCGCAGAAAUAACCAUUGUGGAUUGUAUCCUGGCUCGUGUAGGAGCUGGGGACAGUCAGCUGAAAGGCGUGUCGACUUUUAUGGCUGAAAUGUUAGAAACGGCAUCAAUCCUUAGGACUGCAUCUGAAAACUCCCUAAUAAUCAUUGAUGAACUGGGAAGAGGAACUUCUACUUACGAUGGCUUUGGCUUAGCAUGGGCUAUUUCAGAGUACAUUGCUACCAAAAUUUGUGCUUUCUGUAUGUUUGCUACACAUUUUCAUGAACUGACAGCGCUUGCUGACCAAGUGUCCACAGUUAAUAAUUUACAUGUAACUGCUCUGACCAGUGAUGACACACUGACGAUGCUUUACCGUGUCAAAGAAGGUGUUUGUGACCAGAGUUUUGGAAUACAUGUAGCAGAGUUGGCAGCUUUUCCAAAACAUGUAAUAGAAAGUGCGAGAGAGAAAGCAUUGGAGCUGGAGGAGUUUCAAAAUAUUGGCAAAUCCAAGGAAUCUGAAGGAGAACCGCCAGCCAAGAAACAAUAUGGAGAAAGAGAGGAAGGUGAGAAAAUAAUUCAGGACUUUCUUUGUCAAGUGAAAGCAUUGCCUCUGGCAGAUAUGUCAGAAGAAGACAUCAAGACCAAGCUGAAGCAGCUGAGGACUGAAGUGUUGGCAAAGAACAACAGUUUUGUGAAUGAAAUAAUUUCCCGAACAAAAGUUACAUCAUGAAAGAUGCGAGAACAGGAUGGAGCUCCUGAAGUGUUUUAUGUUACAAGAACUAUCGUUUUCUUGUCAUGUAGUUUUUAUACUUUAUGAUAUUUUGUACUGAUUUAGGUAGGCAUUUUUUGCUGGAUUGUAAUUAUUUUGUUUUUAAAAAACCCAAAAACCUCUAAGCACAUUCUAUGCCAGAUUCUUUCUUUAGUUGUUAUCAUUUGUGCCCUUUUGGAAGUGUUCAAUAAAAUUCUUUUUCACUAUUGAGAGAAUUGUUAACUGCACAAACAAAACACAUUUUACCAGAAAAGGUCUGCUAGAAAGUGUAACGGUUCAGAUGGCGUACAGCUGUCCAGCUAUCACAGGCUUGAAAAGUAGCAGCCUUAUACCGUGAUUCUUUGUGAUGCAAUUACACCCAUUAAAUCAACGAAAUUCUAGUUGUGCUAUAUAGUGCUCCAUUAGGAAAAAGUAUGUGAUCUCAGGGAUUAGUCAUAACAGUUGUGUGUGUGUGUGUGUACACACACAGGGCAGGGGGACAGAAUUGUUGUUUCUUGUUUUAAUGUUUGGACAGGUAACAUUUAACCCAAAUAUACUGGAGGCCUGCUUUUCAGGUCUGAGUAGUGGCAACCCUGUUAUAUUGACUUUUUUUUUUGAUCGUUUUGUAAUGUAAACAGAGGCUUGGAUGAAGUUACAGUUUAACUAGAACUUCUGAAUUUGUCCUGAUAUAAGUCUGAAGAGGAAAAAGCUUUUUUUCCUUUCUCCUCUCCCUUUUUUUCCUAAUACACUUCUCAUGUUGUGACAUUUUGGAAGCAACAGAACAUGUAGGUUUAUAUUCUUCAGAGCACAUAGGUUUAUAUUCUGAAAUUUAGCACUUUAAAUUAUAGCUCUAGAAUGCUUUAUUUGUAUUUAAAACUGGCAGUGUUGAAAGAUUAGUGGAAAAAGUGUUUAUCAUGUUGAGAAUAUAGGAACAAAAUUAUGCUGAAGUCUUGUGCAAGGUGUCAGCUCUUGCUGUGUCCUGAAGCAGAGAUUACAGCAGUGGGUGCAUGUUGCCAUUAAAGCUGUGCUAUAGCUCUGCAUCAGGGAUGAGCAGUGUGUUGCAACAGUUUGUAUGUAAACAUUCCAGCAAUAUUGUAGAACAGUUGUUUCACUCAACUUGUUAUUGAUAAUUUUUACUUGUAGUUAGACUAGAACUUGGAAGAGAAACAUUCUUCUCAAUGUAAGAAAAUAAAGGUUGGUUUGAUGUAUUAUGGCAGAAUCUGAAAUAAUCUCACCUUUCUGGUCUUUAAAUUAGAAUAUUGUCUGCUUUUAAAGGCAAAAAUAAAGACUUUCAUUUAUAAACAGUGAA